AUGAGUUCGAAUUCUGAUUUUAUUCGUGUUGUUCUAUAUUAUAAUGGUAGGAAAGUGGAAGGUCGUCGUAGUGUUAUUUUUGUAGGCGAGAAAAGGCCACCACAUAUUAAGCGAAACUCAACCGUUGAGGAACUGCAUCAGAAAAUUCGCCAAAAAUUAUGUCUCAAAGAUAACAAAUCGAUCACUCUAGUCACGACAAGAUUAUGGCAAUCUGAACAAUACAUUAGUUUGCAAGUGGUGGAUGACGAAGACGUAGAUAUGUUUAACAUGUCUGAGGAAGAUGAACAUGACCCUACCUGGGUUAUGGAUGACGACUAUGACGAUGACGAUGAGGAAAAUAUCGCAAUGGAGGACAUUUUCUUGCAGAGAUGCAAGUUACGAAAAUGGGGUGGUGAUCACAAUUGUUUGAAUGACCAUAUUUCUCAAGAUCAUAGACAACUUAAUUCUGACAUGAUUGCAUCACUUACAGUAGAGACGAUAAAAAAGAAACCAUCAGUCUCAACUGCACUGGUUCAAGAGAGGAUCACUCAUUCUUAUGGAUUCAAAGUUUCAUAUAGAAAGGCAUGGUAUGCGAAGCAGAAAGCAAUGGCAAUGUUGUAUGGUGAUUGGGAGGAAUCACAGUGUUGCGAGGCAUUUAAUAUUUGCAAACCAAUGAUACAAAUUGAUGGCAUUCAUUUAUACGAAAAAUAUAAGGGAAAGUUGUUGAUUGCCACGGCUCAGGAUGGAAAUAAUGAAUGUUUGCCACUUGCAUUUGCCAUUGUUGAUGCUGUAGAGAAUCAUCCUGGUUUGCUGCCACCGCAUGCGUUUAAUGUGUAUUGCCUUCGAUAUAUUGCUAGCAAUUUUAAUCAACGGUUUAUAAAUGACAAAUUGAAGGCAGCAUUGAUAAAUAUAGGAUAUGCUCCUUGUAUGGUGGAUUUUGAGAGAGCGCUUGCACGAAUUCGUGACACCAGUUCUCAGGUUGCGGAUUGGAUUGAUGGCAUUCCAAAGAAAAAGUGGUCGCGCGCACAUAACGUUGAGGGACGACGAUAUGGGCAUAUGACAACAAACCUGUCACAAUCCGUAAAUAGAGUGUUAAAGGGGGCAAGAAAUAUGCCAAUUACUGGAUUGGUUAAGCACAUGUAUAGUAGAUUGGUUCAUUAUUUCGCGCAAAAAGUUCAAUCGGCAUCUCAACAAGUUCAAUCUGAUCAUAGUUAUUGCAAAAAUGUGAUUGACUCGUUGACACAUAAUGAGUCUGUGGCUAUAAUGCAUAAUGUUCGUAUCUAUAAUGUUGAAGAAACUGUAUUUGAGGUUGAUGCAGGGUGGAAAAGGUCGUAUUCUGUCAACCUUCGAGAGCGAUCAUGCCAAUGUAGACAAUUUAAAGCAUUUAAAUAUCCAUAUAGUCACGCCGCAACUGCGGCCUUACACAUUCGUCGGAACCCUCGUUAA